UGUGAGGAGAAAUGUUUCCAUUUAAAGGCAAGCUGAGAGGAAAAGGAGGGUUAAAAAGGAGAAGGCAUAAAUGAGACCAGGAAGGAGAGAAAACAAAUUCACAGGGAGAGACCUGAAAACCACUCCCUCCGACCCCAUAGUACAGAAUUCUGCUGUGGGAUCCUGGGAAAGGAUGAGUUUGGGUCAGAAUAGUGGGGAGGAGAAAUAAGUUGUGCUUUACCAACUCCUGUGCCAUCCAAAUCACAGUGCUCGUUAUGUAGGAUAAGCUCAACAUGAAUAUACUUUGUCCUGCAAAAAGGAGAAAAGACUAGGGAACAACCUCCAUAAGGGGAUAAAGGUCUCUCUAUUAAUAUAUUGAGCUAAGUAGGCUUUUAUCCCUAAUCUAGUCCCAGCUCAGUGCAAUAUUUACAUAAAGCUCUAAAGAAAGAUUAUAGACUCAUGGUGGAUAUAAUAAUGACUUGCACCCAAAAAGAUACAUAAAUGAUGUCAUCCAGGACAUAAAUGGUCAGAAAAGCAAAAGCUGGCCAUGUAAUAAAAGUGAUAAAUAAGAGAUGGACAGCCAAAAUGUUGAUGCACUGAUAUCCACAAAAUAGUCAAGUAUCCAGAGCAAGGCCUCCAUAUUAGGCAGAUCUUCUAUGAAAGAUUUGUGGGAGGGUGUGGUCAAGAAUUACACAUGGAUAUAUUAUGAUCUGUACUGAUGGAGUACUUACACCAAUGAGAUCACAAACCUACUGAAAUAUUCAUACCAAGGCAGCAGGUUAAUGGAGUCAUUCAUUCCCUCCACCUCCUUACAUUAGCUGUCAAUGAGGGCCCAGGCUUGGCCACCAUCUCUUUCGGCAGUUGCCAAGUGUCCUGCCCCACAGGACAGCAGCCCUCUGGCUUCCACAUCUACCUCCUCAAGGCAUAACCCUAAGCUGAAGGCCUUGAGGAAAAGGGACCUGAAGAGGGGCAUGUGGGCUGUUACUAGUAUGGAAGGAACCAAACUCUGCAUGAAGAAGAGAAGGAGAGCCAAUUUCCGUCCUGAGGAUCAGGAAGCCUUCUACAGACUUCUUGAGGAUCCUGUCAUCCAGAGUUUCUUGGAGGCUGAUGUUUUCCUAAGAGUGUCUGAUAAGUAUCUGCUCUCUAUGGUGGUUGAAUAUUUUGGCCGAGUGGGACUCCCAGGAGAUUGCUAUAACAGGAUCCACUUCUUUCUGGCCCUCUAUAUUGCCUGUGACAUGGAGGAAGACAACCCUGUCUCUAAGUGGAGCAUCUUUCCUUUUGUGCUUGGAAAGGAAGAUUGGCCCAUCCUCUAUAAGGAAUUCCUGAGGCUACAAGCAGAAUUCUUUCAUGCAAUGGGUGGCAGAGCUUGGGUCACCCCAGAGAUAUGUGAAGAGAUACAGGCCCAGAAUCCACUUCACUGGGUAUGGACCCGAGAAAGGCACUACCUUCCCUAGAUUCUAAAAGUGAAGUGCCUAGGCCAGGAAGGCAGAAGUCACAAGAGCAAGAAGUCAGGACUUCCAGAAACUGAGAAAGAGAGGACAUAAUGGAGAAUCUACCAAAAGAAGUGUUCCAUUGAAAGCAGGAGACCAGGGCUAAGCAGGAACAAUUAAGAAAAAGCCUGAGAAGAGAUCUAGAGAAAAGGUCCUUGUGGUGCUGAAAGAAUACGGGAUUCACUGUGAGAGCUUGGCCUGGCCAGUAGCAACAAGAGACAAAGAAGAGUACAGAGGAAGAGUUAUAAGCCCUGCUUCAGAAAGGAAUCCCAAAGGAAGAGAAUUCUGCCUGUAGUGAGCAACAGUCCCUGCAGCCCAGAGGUGUGAGGUUGAUGAGAAGUUGGGGAAUGGGGGUGGGAAUAAUUCAGUCUGGAUAUGCUUUACUUUACAAAGUAGGUGUAGCCACCAUUUUUUAUAUAAAUUUAACUAUAUUUUAAGCAUAUUAAGAGAUCUGGCUUUUUAGAGAAAGCCUAUUGUGAAAUCUUUUGUAAAGAAAGUGAUCAUCAAUACCACCACCACCACAUUCACACACAUACUCACACAUAUGCAUUACCUCUAGUACCUUAUAUAUCUUUUUUGUAAGUCAAGAUUUUCAUGUAUUGGGUUUACUUAAACAAGGCUGUACCUUUAAUAGAGGGUAAGCUAUCAAGUGCCCAAGGAUCUAAGGUGGUUAAUGCUGUAACUGUUCAAAGAUGUUCAGGAAUUUUCAUUCAGUGGCCUUCACUGCUUCAGGAAUGCCACUGUUUUUAAUGGCACUGUCCCACUAUAGGAGAGUGACUGGCAGGAUAUUGCUAGGAAGAAGACACAAGGGAAGAGGAGUGGACGCUAGGGCACCAUCCUGUCUUACUAUGGAAGGUAUUUGCUUUAUUCCCUGUUUCUGCUUCAUUUAUCCUUUUCUUGUAGCUCCACGGCUGCAGAACAGCAACCAUCUUCCACCCUAUGCCAGCAGUAGCCAAUAGGUUAGUAGCUGCAGAGAGAUGAGUUCAGUUCACCAGCUUCUUUCAGAAAGGAAAGUCACAGGACUCAAGAGACUAUGGAUAGACUACUGCCUGGUCUGGCAACCCUGGCUGAAUGGAACAGCAUUCAGGGUAUGCUUGAACCUUCAAAUAGGCCUAAUCAACUAGCCUCCAAAUCUCUGGUUCACUGGUCGAGGCAUGGAUACUAUGGAAAGAGCAAGUAAUAGCAGGCCUGGAAAGAAAAGAGCACAAGUAGAAAUAAGAAAUGAGAAUUUGCAGGCAGGGACAUAAAUGAAAAGCAAAGAGAAGGAAGAAGAGGAGAAAGUGAGAAUGGAAGAUAGAGAACAGGUACUGGGGGUGGAAAGGGACAGAUAACCAAGGAGGGAAGGCAUACCUUAGGGAAGAGCAAAAAAAGAGAGAGAAGGAGGAACAGAAGAGAAGAAAGGGAAAGGAGAGGAGCAGAUAAGAAAGGAAAAGUGUGAGGAAGAAGAAGAAAGUGAGCAACUGAAGAGGAGGACCAAACUUGGCAGGGCAGAAGGAGAAGUAAUAAGUAUAUGGCAAAUAUAGAAAGGACAGUGGAGAGACUUCUCCAGCUGUUUUUCUUACAGGGAAGCCCUGGACUGGAGUAUCCCAGAAUAUAAUCCAUCAUCCAGUGGAUUUGAUACCUUCUUCUUCUCUUUGGGGUUCUCUACCCUAAGUAUGAGCUAGGCAGGGAGCUCAUGCCUCCCUGUCACAUUUAACAAACUCAAUGAUAUUGAAAGAGUUUUUGUGUCUCAUCCCUUAGGGCUUUUUUAUGGGUAUGUGUAUGUAUGCUAUAUGUUGUUGCCCUUUGGUCUCUACCAAAUAAAUUUCUCUCAUGAAUUUGGAAUAUUUGUAUGGGGUAUUAUUUCAAGGGCCAAUGUAAAGUAACAGGUUGUAUUUUUUGGAUAGCAUCCCUACAAGACAAGAUGUUCUGGAAGCAUUUUCUUUCUGGUUGAAUUCAACAAACAUUUAGAUGUUCACUAUGUAUGAGGGUCUGGGCUAAGUGCAUGGUAUACUUGUAAUGGUUAUAAGAACAGCCUUUAUUCCA